CCCGAAGGAUGCCUCCGCCUGAGCCUCUUGCCCAACUGGAUCUCCCUUUAUUUUGGUCAUCGCAGCGGCCACGGCUACCAACUCCCCAUGUGGCAGCAUUAGAAGCUGAGUUGAUCCAAAGACACACAGAUGGCUGAAAGUGCUGGAAAAGAAAAUAUAAAAUGGACAACCACCAUUAUUAUUAGCUCAUCUCUUAAGAGUUGUGAAAUUGCAACUGCCCUGGAAAAUCGAAGCCACAAGAUUCGAUAUUCAGAUUCAGUGGAAAAUGGAACAAUUAUAUUUUCUCUUACCGGAGUUGCAUUUUUACUGAUGGAUGCUCAAGAAUGCUUUAUGUCAACUGAAGAAAUAUUUCUAGCCAAAAUUGAGAAGUUUAUUAACAUUCACCAAAAUUGUUUCUUGGUUCUGUCUGCUGCCCUCCAUGGGCCCGAGGAAUGGAAACUGAUGUUCAGGAUUCAGCAGAGGUAUGGGAGAAUGGCACUAGACUUAUUUUUCUUAAAUUAUAUUGUGUUUACUUCAGUUCUUAAUUCUUUUAGGCAAGUGAGUUAUGUUUUCCCAAAAGAUAAACUUUGUAAGGUUAACCUGUCAUAUUUUAUAAAAUGCAGGAUAAAUGGCUGUUCUAUGAAUCAAGGUGACCAGUUUCUAAGUUCAUGCUGAUUUAUGAGAUUCUCCUGCAAGACCAAACCAAAAGUGAACACUUUUCAUUUAAGUUCUGGCUACAAAGCCAUUUCAAUUUCUCUAUUGAAUAAGGCGGAACAUGAAUGAAUAAAUAAAAGACAAACAAUAAAGAUUUGCUGCUUCUUUCCACUUAAGAUAACAGAUGCAAGUCAUAUGAUUAUUUAACUUAUGAAUUGUUUUUUCAGAUUCCUGGGUAGUAAGUUACGGAUACUUCCAGUACACAACACAGUAAACGCUAUUAAUCUUAUGUGCACCAUAGGUAAGGUGAGUCACCUGAGGAAAAUGACACAUACAUACAGUCAUACCAUUUAAGGUUCUUGACUUCAAAAUGCACAUCUGGAGCAGCACUGACAAAUAUUCUCCUUCUGUUCCCUUCAGAAAAGUUAUUUCAGUGUGCAACUCUUUCCGGUAGCCAGUACCAAAAUGACUCAUUUUGGGCCAAAAGAGCAUUUGGUCAUAUAUAUACUGUGUUGGCCCUAUUGGUUACUUAAAUCUUCCUUUAAAUUCUAAAGUAUAAAUAUUGGUCAGGUUGUAGUCAUGAACUGUCAAACUGCAAACAUACUACUUUAUAGAAUGUUGUCCACCAGUUGUCUCCUUUUUCAUGCUUAUCCUCUGUAAAUUGUGCCAACUCUCCUAGGCAGUUAGGUGUUUCUUACUCUUACUCUUCAAACAGAUCUCCAUUAAAGCAAUUCUUAUUCUACUUUUUGGCAUGCAUGUUUGAAAUUCUUUAAGACAGACAGGUAUCUAUUACUGUAGUAACUCAUAGGUAGUAUUUAGCUCACAGAAGGUUGGUACUUGUUGAAUAAUUGAAAGGUAUUCUUUUAUGUGACCCUGUAAAAACACCUUAUUUCUGUAAAUAAUGUUGCAUGUUUAUAUCUUCUUCCAGAUCACUGCCAAACCACACAUAGAUAGCAUCUGCUCCAGAAUGAUAACAACUAAAGCCUAUAUCAUUGAGCAAAGCCCUGUUUGGAAAA